AUGGAGAAACUGCAAUUGUGUGCUUCGAAUUUGGCACAUUGGGGGAAGGAAGUUACUGGGUGCUUUCGAAAAAGGAUCAAAUUUUGUAAAGAUGAGCUAAAGAUUUUGAAAAGUAAGAGAGAUGUUAGUUCAGUCCAAAGGUAUGAAGACGUCAAAAACCAAGUUUCAUGUAUCUUGGAUCAAAAAGAGACACUUUGGAAACAAAGGGCUAAACAAUUUUGGCUUAAAGAAGGUGAUCACAACAACAAUGUUUCUUGUCCCGAAGUGGUUGAUAAUGUGGAUAGGCUUGUACCUGAUUUGGCUAGUGAAGAUUUUCACAGACCAGUCACGGAAGAGGAGGUUCGUAAAGCGAUCUUUCAAAUGCACCCGGAUAAAAGUUCGGGCCUGGAUGGCAUGACCCUGACUUUCUUAAAAAAUGUUGGGAUACGAUUAAAGGAGAUUGAUCUCUCCUUUGAAGUUCUUCAUUACCUCAAGAGGAAGAGAAAGGGGAAGACAGGGUUCAUUGCGUUGAAACUUGAUAUGAGUAAGCUAAUUACAAAGUUAUUCAUGGCUGCCAUGAGAUGGGCCCUAUCAUUCCAUCAAGAGAUAAAGUCCGUAGACGCAUUCAAGGAUGGGAAGGCAAGUUUUUGUCAAGGGCGAGAAAGAAAUUUUGGUAAAAAUAAUUCUCUUGCCUUACCAACUUGUGCAAUGAGCGUGUUCUUACUUGCAUUGAAAAUUAGUAGAGACAUUGAGCGAAUGAUGAUUAAAUUUUGGUGGCAAACAUCAAAGGAAGCACGGAAAGGUAUACACUGGAUGUCACGGGAUAAACUCAGUAAAAAUAAGAAAGGGGGUGGUUUAGGCUUCCAUGACUUGCGUGAUUUCAAUCUGGCACUUUUGGGUAAGCAAGGUUGGAGACUCCUUACCAGACCCGAGUCAUUGGCAUCAAAAGUUUUCAAGGCAAGGUACUUCUCCGAUGGUAAUUUUCUCUCUGCUCAACUCGGUUCCAACCCAAGCUUCAUUUGGCGAAGCAUUCUUGAAUCACAAGAGCUAGUUCGUAAUGGUACGAUAUGGUGUGUGGGGAAUGGUCAAUCUAUAUCAGUUUUGGGCGAGCCUUGGUUACCGGAUGCAACUAAUCCCAAUAUCAUUUCAACUCACAUGGCUCUUUUUAGUGCUAUUGUGGCAAACUUAAUGGCUAUGGAUAGUUCUAGUUGGGAUGAUGGGAUUAUUGGGGAUCUAUUUGAGGAAAGAAACCAACGGUUGAUUAAAAGAAUCCCUUUGCAAGUUACAACAGCCUCAGAUAAACUAUAUUGGACAAAGGAGGUGUUAGGUAUGUACACGGUAAAGAGUGCUUAUGGUUUAUUGCAACUUCAAAAAGGGUUUUGGUAUGAAGACACUGCAUCGAAUUUCUGGCAUAAGCUUUGGAGCCUGAAGGUGCCACCAAAAAUAGCUAACUUGCUAUGGCGUUCUUGCUCCGAGUGUCUCCCCAAAUUAGUACAGCUUCGUGUCAAGAGAGUGGUUAUUUGUACCUUGUGCCCGUUAUGCCGUGAAACAGAGGAAACAACCCUGCAUUGCUUGGUCACUUGUAAGGUGGUUCAAGUUUGUUGGAACCGUGUAGGAAUAGGCACAACUCUAACACCUGGUGCAUCAUCGUAUCUUGAUCAAUGGAAGAAUGCUAGAAAUUUCAACAUGGAUGCAUCAUGGUCUGAAUAUCAGAAAGGUGAUGGGAGAAAGCAUUGGACACCACCAAAUGUUAAUAGUAUCAAGAUUAACAUGGACGCGAUAUUGUUCGAGGGCGGUCGUAGUUAUGGCAUUGGCCUCGUGGCCCGAGAUUCUAAUGGGACGCUUAUCGAGGGCAAAACUUCCUUUUCCCAAAGCAUGGUUGAACUAUCUCUUGUUGAAGCCAUAGGCAUCAAAGAUGCACUCAGCUGGAUCAAAGAAAGGCAAUGGCAGAAUGUUUGUCUGGAGUCUGAUUGUCUAUGUGUGAUUUAA